CAUUGCAUCGUCUUAAGGGCUCUAUGGUCAGUCGUGCCGGGCACACGCUUGCAGUCUGGAAGUAUCUGGUCAGUCAUCUGCACCUGAUAGUCCGGCUUUGUACCCGAUAUCCAAGUUCGGCUUUGUACCCGAUAGCCAAGUCCGGCUUUGUACCCGAUAGCCAAGUCCGGCUUUGUACCCGAUAGCCAAGUCCGGUUUUGUACCCGAUUGCCAAGCCAAGCCUGAUCUGGUAGGAAGACGAGUAUGCUUUGAGGUCCUCUUGAAAAAGAUAAUCACCAUCACAACUUGAAUGUAUCAACUCUUUGUGGAUAUCAAACACUGGUAUUUCGACAUCUUGAUCGGAAAGACAUUUGUGAAUGUUUUGACAGACACAGGUGUGUUUUGAAGGUGAACUCUAUCCUUUAUCUCAAACAACUAAACUGACAUGAAGAUGUUCCUUGGACUCCUCGUUCUUGCCUCCAUGGUGGUGCUUCCCUGCGAGGGUAACAACGCCACUGGGAGUUACCUGCUGACGAUGCCGAGUCAGAUGGAGGUGGGGAAACAACAGAGGAUCUGUCUGACUCUGUACAAGUACCGCCGCAUGGACGUGUACUACACGCUGAGGUGCCCCGACAAAAAGAAGCGAUACUUCUACGAGAGAAAUAAGUACAGGCGAGGUCAGGGCGGUUGCAUCACCUUCACCAUACCCAAGAAUCUGGGGGGACUUCGACACAAGCUGUCCCUGGCUAUGAUCGGCCCCAGACGUUUCAGGGAGCACAGCUCGCACACCUUCACUCCGCUGGCGCCACAGCUGACCACCUUCAUCCACACGGACAAGCCCAUUUACAAGCCUGGGCAGCUGGUGAGAAUCAGGAUCAUGACCGUCGACUCCGAACUGAUGCCAGUGACAGACAAGAUAUCACUCGUUCGGAUAAUCACACCAAAUGAUGUCAUUAUGAAACAAUGGCGAGAUCUCGACAAUAAAAAAGGGAUGUUGACUCUGGAGUUUCAACUGGCGGCAGAGCCAGUGCUCGGAGACUGGGCUAUUAUGGCGGAGACGGGAGGCAAAGAGACGCAAGUAAAGUUUGAAAUAGCCGAAUACGUACUGCCCAAGUUCUCCAUCACAUUGACGCCCCCGUCACGUGUAAAUGAGAAGACGGAGUUGAUUGAGGGGGAGGUGUGCUCCAAGUACACGUACGGGCAGCCAGUGAAGGGCAAGAUCAUGGUGGACACGUGUAUUACCGAGUUGUUCCAGACAUACGGCACGGGCAGAAAGCCGUGCGCCGUCAUCCAUGGAGAGAUAAAUGGCUGCUUUACCUACUCCUUUGCCGCCUCCAUCCUGAGACCGUACUUCGAAAACCGUUACAACGCUCUCAAACUCAGUACCUUCGUGGCCAUAUUGGAAGAGGCGACCGGUCUGCUGGUCAACCAGACAGUUGACGGCCCCGUCAUCAAAAGGUUUGCCGUGAAAGUUGACAUCAAAACCUACACAAGGAAGUUUUUCAAACCGCUCUUGCCAUAUGAAUUCAGGGCUCUAGUUACCGGGGAUGACGGCAAGCCAGUCUCACAUCUGAUGAUGACGCUGUCUUGCAAGCAGACGGGCUUCUCUGGGAAAAUUAUGACCGACAAUAAAGGCUUUGCUUCUUAUUUCUUCCCACGGCUUGGCACAGAAAAACCAUUGGUCAUAUUUGAGCUUUUAGCAGACGACACUGAAAGUCGACACCCAAGCACAUACUACGUGGCUCAGUGGUUUUCCCCAAGUGACAGUUACCUCGAAAUCCAGCCAAUCAGCAAACCUCUUUCCCCUGGACUUGGACCAAUCGCCAUCUAUAGGACUAACCCCCCAACUACACCAUUUCGCGUAGUUGCCCAGAUCAUGAGUCGAGGGCGCAUCGUGCACCACAGCCACAACCGGUACAAAGUUAGAAAGAACCCGGAUGGUACCUACCGGGCCAGCCCACCCUGGUGCGCAAAGCGGAAGCAUUGCGCUACGAGUAAGAAGUUUUCCCCCGACGUCCCGAGCUUCAACGUCUACGUGAACGUCACCUGCUCCAUGGCUCCGGAGGCUACGAUGCUUGUCUACUACCUCACCAACAGCGGCGAAGUUGUUGCAGACGCGGAGACGUUCAAGGUGGCCCCUUGUUUCUCCAACCCGGUGAAGAUGGCGUUCACGCCGUCCAAGGAGUACCCCGGCUACCCGACCCAGCUGUCACUGACUGCGGCCCCGGGGUCUCUCUGUAUGGUGGGGGUCGUGGAUCAGAGCGUCUACGUUCUCGGAGGGAAGAACCAGAUCACACCCAAGCAGCUGUUCUCCACUCUGGAACGCUACAACGCCGACCCAAGCAAGCAAUUCAUCAGCGAGGAUGCAAAGACGCAAUAUUGUCAGGAAUAUCUGAAGAGAACCGGUCUAUCCAACUCCGACGAAAUAGCGCCACCGCACUACACCUACUACACAGCUAGGAGCACAUACAAGUACAUUUCAGAUUAUGUCGACUCAAAUAUGGCUUUCUUGUUAUCAUCACUGAGUACUGCUGGUCCGCUGAAGCUGGACUCAAGGCCCUGCCGGAAGGAGCACACAUUUAGGUAUUUCCGGGGCCGGAGGUCCGUGGAGUCGGACAACGACGGGUGGCAGGCGGACGGCGGCGGGUUGGCGGGGUCAGGAGAUGAUGACAGUGAUCAGGAGGAUGAAGAAGCUCCAGACCCGAAGAAAAAGACGGUAGCAUUGAGACAAUACUUCCCUGAGACCUGGCUGUGGGACCUGGAGAUCGUUGGUGAUUCUGGGAAACUGGAGCUGAAUAAGACUCUCCCCGGAAGCAUUACAGAGUGGGUCGGUAGCACUGUCUGUGCCAAGUCGGAUGUCGGUGUCGGCGUGUCUGAGUCGGCGUCCGUGACAGCGUUUCAGCCGUUCUUCGUCUCCUUCACCCUCCCUUACGCCGCCAUCAGGGGGGAGUACAUCCCCCUCACCGUCACCGUCUUCAACUACCUCACAGAAUGUAUUGAGAUUGAACUGCGACUCAACGAGUCAAGUGAGUUUGACCUUCUGAACCCUGAGCGAGUCACGUGGAUGUGCAUAUGUGGAAACGAGGCGAAACGUCAUGAUUACGUUAUUGUCCCGCGAAAUAUCGGUUUCAUCAACAUCACGGCACAGGCCAAGUCGAUUCCCGGGGAUUCGCAGUGCCCCAAGGUAACGGCUGCAGGGGAGGCAAUCGGAAUCAAGGACGCCGUGGUCAGGCAACUCCUCGUGGAGCCGGAAGGCGAUGAGAAGGAAUACACCUACAGCACCAUGGCGUGUUCAGAAACAGGAACAGAAUUCUUUGACUCCAUCGACCUGCCCCUCCCCGCGGAUCAAGCUAUUGUGCCCGACUCCGGGAGGGGUGUGCUCAGCGUUAUCGGUGAUCUGAUGGGGCCCAGCUUUAGCAACAUCGGCGACCUCCUCCGCGUUCCCUACGGCUGCGGAGAACAGAACAUGAUCAACUUUGCCCCGAAUGUGUUCAUCAUGAGUUACCUAAAGUCCACCAAUCAGCUGACACCAGAGAUAUCUGAGACCAUCAACAAGUACCUCGGAAGUGGCUACCAGCGGGAGCUGAACUACAUGCGAGAUGAUGGGUCCUUUAGCGCGUUUGGCAACUCCGACAGGAGCGGCAGCACGUGGCUCACUGCCUUCGUGAUCAAGUCCUUCACCGAGGCCCAGCCUUUCCUGGAGAUUGACCAGAACGUCCUCAGUAGGGCGAGGCUGUGGCUGAAGAGGAAGCAAAGUGCAAACGGAUGUUUCACCGAGGUCGGUCGUGUCAUCCACUCCUCCAUGAGAGGGGGUGUUGACGGCGCCAACAGUGACGUGACAUUGACUGCCUACGUCAUCGGUGCUCUCAUCAUUGCUGGCACCCCCAAAGAGGAUCGUGCGAUUCGGAACGCCAUCAAAUGCAUCGCUGCUCAGCCAAUCACCGACGUCUACACCAUGGCCGCCGCUGCCUACGCCACGUCGCUCCAGGACGCCAACAGUCAGGUGCACGUCGACGUACAGAGAGGCCUUCACUCCAAUGCAAUCAUUAAUGGUACCCUGAUGCAUUGGGAGACGAAGAAGGACGCGAACCGUCAGCGGAGCUACUACUACCGCGCAUCGUCGCUGAACGUGGAGACGACCGCCUACGCCCUGCUGGCCUACCUGGAGGAGGAUGACCUGGAGUCCAGCCUGAAGGUCGUCAAGUGGCUGCAGAAACAGAGGAACCCUAAGGGAGGAUUUGCCUCCACUCAGGACACUGUGGUGGCUUUAGAUGCUCUGUCUAAGUUCGCCAAACUUGCUGCUAUCGGAGACAAACUCAAGAUGUCACUGACUGUGGAGGGGAAGGAUGUCCACAAGAACUUCAUCGUGUCAGGGUCCAACAGUAUGGUGAUGCAGACAGAACCGCUGAAGGUGCCCAAUGAGAUCACGCUGAAUGGUGUGGGCACUGGCUGUGCUCUGUUCCAGGCCACAGUUCGCUACAACACCUACGACCUUGACAAAGUGGACCUCGCCUUCACCCUGAACGCCACUGUGCAGCCUCCGGAUCCAGUGAAACCGGACUGCGGUCGCAGGACAAUCAACAUCUGUACAGCAUUUGUGAAAAAUGAAAGCUCUGGUAUGGCCAUUGUCAACGCCAAGAUGGUGACCGGCUGGCUGAUAGACGGAGACUCCCUGGAAAGGCUGAAGAAUGACACAGAUCUUAAACUAAAGAGAUACGAGGUUGAUUCCAAGAGGCCUGACAGUGUGCAUUUCUACUUUGAGGAGCUGAACCCCGCCCCGCGGUGCCUGACUCUUGAUGUGAUUCAGGAGAUCAAGGUGGAGAACACGAAGGAUGCCCUCAUACAGGUGUACGACUACUAUGACACAGAGCUGGUGACAAAAGUCUUCUACAACAUCAAGAAUGACUGUACGCCCAAAACACCUCGGCGCCCACCACCAGACAAGAUGGCCACGUCCAGUGUCACAUCCAGCACCGCGGCACCCGACUUUAGUCAGACUGGCCUCGGUAUGGGGACAGACAUCGACGGAAGCGACGGGGGAAUGACUGACAUCGACGAAGGCGAGAAGGAGGAUGGAAGUGGAGUGUUGGACAACGUGGACCCAGUCUACCUAGCUGAUGGGCUUGUACCGCAGCCCGACAGUAUCCCAGUCAUGAACCUUUAUUCCAAGAUGGCGGAGGAAAUCGACCUCGAUAAAGAGACUCCAGACGGCAAGAAGAAGAAGAAGGAUAGUUCAGCGACGGAGGUGAAGGUCAGGGUCGGAUCAACCGCGAUUUUGAUAUGUCCACUUGCAUCAACCUACAGCAAUACCCCAGAGAGACAAUACAAGCUGACCUGGGUGGAUGAAGAGACGAACACAGUGAUAGCACAUGAUGGAGUUCGGCUUGUGGACGAAGAAAGAUACAGCGUAGUUGAGACUUCUAACUUGAGAAUCGACAACGCCAGACUGGAGGAUUCUGGGAAAUAUUUGUGUAGUGUCAGUACUGUUCCAGUUGAAACCGCCGCCAUCAGUCUUACCAUCCAAGAGUCCCCAGUGAUCGUGGUUUCCUCUAACGACACCUUUGCUGCCUUGGGGGAGCAGGUCACACUGUUCUGCAACGUCACUGGAAGUCCAGAACCGAAGAUCACGUGGUACCGGUCAGUGGGUCAAAAAGAGAAAAAACGAGUUGGGAAGGGGCAGGAGCUGGUCAUCAAGUCGGCCCAGGCGUCCGCCACGUACCUGUGUGUGGCCAAUAAUGGCGUCCCACCAAGCGUCUCCAGGCUGAUCCAGCUCAGGGUCAGUGUUGCUCCUUUCAUCUUGCCGAAGACGCUGUCCCGAGUCGGUGGUCGUCUGAACGAGACUGUCCUGCUGGAAUGUGUUGUGAAGGCCUCACCCCUGCUCACGCAAAGCUGGACCAAGGGAGGGCGUGUCCUUUUAAGCGGCGACAAAUACAGUUUUAAGACCAUACCCCUGGACAGCAACACCUACUCUACCGAACUCCGCAUCAACGACCUCGUCAGGAGAGACUACGAUGACUACACGUGUGAGAUCCGCAACGAAUAUGGCAUCGUGUCAAGGGUUGUUACAUUAUACGACAACACACCAACCACUGCCGCGCCCACAACGACCACGUCUCAGCCCUCUACUCCCUUCACGGGAGGUUGUCCAAUCUGUGAGCCGAUGUCAGAGAAACAGGCGAUGUUCGCCUAUUGUCAAGCUGCCGCAGCAUACAAGGUACUCGGCAUCAGAAUCAGGAGGUCAAGGGUCAAGGUCAAGAUUCUUGUUGACUUCCGGCCAGUGAAACGGGUGAAAAUAAGACGUGUCUUGAGAUUGGUGAUUGACAAGAAGUGUUCGUGUGAUGUCAUCAAAACUUUGAAACCUAGGGGCAUGGUGGCUCUCUUCAUGAUGAGAAAGCGUGACUUCACAUCCAAACCACGCGAGAUCGUCAUCGGAUCCGAGACUUCCGCCAUACUUCUGUCGAAGAAAUUGGAGAGAAAGAUAAUCCUGGGUAAAAGUUCUUGUAAAAAGUAGCGGUGUUACAGUGAUAUGUGCUGCAGUAGCAAUACUUUCAAUUAGUGGAUUUUCUGUUCCAUGGAAAUAUAAAAGAGACGAAUGAAUUUUAUAAAUUAAACAAACAUACAAAACCUGGAUUAUGGGGAGUUUGGGAAAAGAGCUUGUACAUAAUGACAUCGGUAAAAAUAUGGAAUAUGGAACAUGGGGAGGAAUUAUACAGUGUAAACAUUUUCAGUUGAGAACUGAAGCGAUUGUGGACUGAUUUAGGCCGUGUAGUAAAACAUAUGUAGCACCAGUUCUGUGAACCAGACACAAACUCAAGGACAGCUCUGACACAUAAUAUCAAGAACGCCUUUAAAAACAAAUGGCCACAAACCUAAUAUGGCUUCAAUGUGUAAUGGUUCAGGAAGAGAGACGACAAAGCAUUAAUAGAAUUCCGGGGGAGAGCCUGCACUCGGUUUAUUUUCUUGACUGCUCCCUAAGCCAGUCGUUGGAAUCCUCCUGCUUGUUUUGCUUUAGUCUCGUUUGUAUUAUAUAUAUACUCUUCUAGCUGUUAAGGUAUGAUCACUCAGAGUUCAUAUGGCACACGGGGCGGUCGGGUAGCCUAGUGGUUAAAGCAUUAGCUCGUCACGCCGAAGACCCUGGUUCGAUUCCCGACAUGGGUACAAUGUGUAAAGCCCAUUUCUGGUGUUCCCCGUCGUGAUAUUGCUGGAAUAUUGCUAAAAGCGGCGUAAAACCAUACUUACUUACUCACUCGUAUGGGACACGGUUGAGAUGAUUGUUGUGUAUAAUAUUGUCUGAAGUCAACAUCUUUCUGGCUGUAGAUAUCUUGAUAUCCUCAUGUAACAUCCAAUGUUUUUUUAUCAAAACAUCGUAGUCCAGGAAAUAUGUCAAAUUAUCCAUAGUUAGUGUUGAUUCCGCCAGGACAGUAGCUACAUGAUUAAGCGAUGUGAUACAGUUAUAGUAUCAGAGAUUUUACUCCACACGUGUAUAAACAUUUUUUAUACUGGCGCUUCCUUGACUUCAGCUGGUUCUUGCUGCCUAUUAUUGAGAUAAGCAUAGUUCCAAACAAGCGGGGUUCCAAUAUUGGACCAUAGUGCCAUAGUUACAUCUUCUGAGAUAAUUAUCAUUCUACAAGCUUUAUGUGUUUUGAGUGACCAUGCAUUAACUCAAGUUGUUGCUGAUUAUUUCGUAAUUUGUAUAAUAUGAAAUCAGUUGACAAUAUAUUACAUAUUAUUGAUAAUAUAUUAUCCAUAUUUUAUGAACGCGUAGAAGUGCUGUUAAUCCUUUUUUCAUUUUCUGAUCUGAAUAAACUAUUUUGGUUUGUA